CCGUGUACCUACCUGGCUGGAGAUCGUUCGUGGUGGCUCGAUUUCCCGAGCCAUGGGCAGCAAGAAGAAGGAAGUUGCCCUGCAGGUCAACAUCAGCACCCAGGAGCUUUGGGAGGAAAUGCUCAGUACCAAAGGACUAACUGUUGUUGAUGUCUAUCAAGGCUGGUGUGGCCCCUGCAAACCUGUGGUGAGCCUCUUCCAGAAGAUGAGGAUCGAGGUCGGCCUGGACCUUCUGCAUUUUGCAUCAGCAGAAGCAGAUCGUCUUGAUGUCCUUGAAAAAUACAGAGGGAAGUGUGAGCCAACCUUUCUAUUUUAUGCAGGAGGAGAACUGGUGGCUGUGGUUAGAGGAGCAAAUGCCCCACUGCUGCAGAAAACCAUCCUAGACCAGCUGGAGGCUGAAAAGAAGGUGCUGGCUGAAGGCAGAGAACGGAAAGUGAUUAAAGAUGAGGCUCUUUCUGAUGAAGAUGGAUGUUUUUCCCAUGGAAAGGACAUUGGUGAAGAUGAGGACCUGGUUUCCUCAGAGAAGGCCUGUACCGUGGCGAUCAUUAAACCAGAUGCAGUGGCCCAUGGUAAGACUGAUGAGAUUAUUAUGAAGGUAAGAGAGACACUUACCCUGCACGACUGUCCUCAUGUUCUCUGCGGUGGACAACAGGGAGGAACCCUGGGCAGUGGCAUUCUAGUGUUGAAAGAAGACUUUGAAGGAGUUAAGUUCCUGAAUGAAGACUAUAUGGAGCCAGAGGUGGACGUGUGGACCUUGGGGGUUGUGCUCUACACCAUGACAGCCAGGACUCUGCCAUUCGAUGGAGAGAACUGGGGGGACCAGUUCUCUGGAGGCAACAUGAUACAUGGAAGUGUUCCCAGUCUCCAUGCUCAGUACGGCACAGAAAUGCCCUUUAAUGCUGUCCAUGAAAGCCGGGACAGAGAAGCCGCCCACAGAGAACUGGCAUUGCUCUUCCCCAAUUCGAAGUUUUCAGACAAAGACAUAGAAGCCCCCACAGGCGGUGAGGCUGAAGGAGCCGCGGGCCCCACUGAGGCGCUUGGCAUCCCCGAGGAUGUGGAUUGA